AUGGUUUCUGAGAAUGUGCGUGGCCAGUCAAUGGGUGAAUUUGGGAGGAGGACUAUACCAUAUUACAGACCAAUAUCCAUGGGACAGAGAGCCGCUAAGCACAACAUGCAGGCGGGCGUACGACUUUAUCACCAACGACACCAUGCGCAGGCGAUUCAUAAAUGGAGGCAUGCCCUCAAUCGGUUGACAAAUGCUGAAGAUCGCUUCAUCACACUUGGCUAUCUCGCUCAGGCGUACUGUGAUAGCGGCGAAUUCGAAGCGAUGCUUCACUAUGCCUUACAGCAGAUGGAACUCGCCAACGAACGCCACGACGACUAUGGUAAGGCCAGUCUUCAGCAUCCAAGCAUGGAUCCUCGCACUCCUGGAUAUGCUCAUCUAGCGAUCGCUUGUGCACACCUCGGUUUCAGUCAGUUCCAAAACUGCCUAGAAGCGUUUGAGCAGGCCAUGAACGUGGCAAACGAGACCGGAGAUAAACUGCUCGAGUUGCAGAUCUGCGUUGGUCUCGGUUCUCUCUUCACUUUGUUGCGAGAUCUAUCGAAAGCGCUGAUUUUUUUGCGGAACGCUAUGGCCAUAAUUCAAUCGGUCACCGUCGACGACGUGCACACGAAAUAUCGAUGUACGAUACUUUAUCAUUUAUCGGUCGCUCUGCGGAUGAGAGGAUCUCUAGUGGAGGCGAAAGAAGCCUGUGAUGAAGCCUUACAGCUAGCAUCCGAAACGGGUAAUCGAGCACUGCAUGCUAGGUGCAUGUGUAGUCUAGCUGAUAUCUACAGGGAACUAGGGGAAUCAGAAGCGAAGGAGACUCUAACGAAAUCAUGGGCUCGAUACGAGGAAGCGUAUCGAGUACUGCGAGCAUCACAGGACCGCAUGGGUGAGGUGCUGGUGCUGGCGAGUAUGGCGAAAAGUGCAUCCGAGAGCCGGUCGCACUAUACAGGACAGUGCGAAUGUCAGGCAAUUCAACUGAACAAGAAGUGCCUGGACAUCGCCAGAAUGCUCGGAAGCAAGCACGUCAUGCUAAAGUGUCAUUCCCGCCUCGCCGAGCUGUACUCACAGCUGAAUGAUGAGGAUAGCGAGGAGGUUGCACGAAGAGCCGCCAGCCAACUCACUCAAGAAAUGGAACUCUUCUGCAAUUUUUGCGGACAAAGGUGUCUUCACACAUUCCUUCUCGAACGGGAGGACCAGACAUGCCCGAAAUGUCGCUGCCGAGCCGUCCUCUCCGAUAACAUUUCCAUGAGAACGCCAAGCAUUUGCUCCACGGUUGAUGCACAAACGCCCAGUAUGCGGACUCCUUUGAUUGCAGCAGCUGCUGAGCUUGGAGAUACACGACCACAGUCUACGCUAAGCCGAGCAGUACCAAGGCAAGCGGAGAGAGACAUCGACCGACUAGAUCGAGCUCUCGACCGCAUGGAGAGCAGGAAUGAUACAGGUACGCUGAAGAAGACUAAACCUCCACCACCGCCGCGGAAGCCGUGCUGCUCCAAGGAUGGCUUACCCCCAUCGUCCGUAGUGUCGUUACCGCCACCGAUGCCACUGUCGGAGAGCGGGCCACUCGUCAUCUCACGAGCGCCCACAAUCACUGAUGUCUAG